CUGCCGCAGCAGGGACACAGCGAGGCGGGGGAAGGGGGCUGUGACUGCGCAUGAAUGGUCGCAGCACAGGCCGCCGCCUUCUCCUCGCAGCCUCACUCCGCCUGGGCCACCCCAGCUGCACACCAAGAGCUCGCCUGCCCCGGCGCCAAGCGGUUAGAAAUGGCCACCAGAAUGACAACUACGGUGCUUUAUAACAUGGUAUUUUUGCUAGCAUUUGGAUUGGCUUUGGCUUCUAGUCAUAGUCCUAGGACCCCAGAUAGAGUUUCUGAAGCAGAUAUUCAAAGACUCCUUCAUGGGGUUAUGGAGCAGUUGGGCAUUGCCAGACCCCGAGUAGAAUAUCCAGCACACCAGGCUAUGAAUCUAGUGGGUCCACAGAGCAUUGAAGGUGGUGCCCAUGAAGGUCUUCAGCAUUUGGGUCCCUAUGGCAAUAUCCCAAAUAUUGUGGCUGAGCUGACUGGCGAUAACAUACCAAAGGAUUUCAGCGAAGACCAAGGCUAUCCUGACCCUCCAAAUCCCUGCCCAAUUGGAAAAACAGCUGAUGAUGGGUGUCUAGAAAAUACACCAGACACUGCAGAGUUCAGUAGAGAAUACCAACUGCACCAACACCUUUUUGAUCCAGAACAUGACUAUCCCAGUCUUGGCAAGUGGAAUAAGAAUUUACUCCUUGAGAAGAUAAAGGGUGAACCAACAAGAAGAAAAAGGAGUGUGAAUCCAUAUCUGCAAGGCCGGAGACUGGACAACGUUGUCGCAAAGAAGUCUGUUCCUCAUUUUUCAGAUGAAGACAAAGGCACUGAAUAAGUACAGUAAAAAUAAAUGAUGGAAACUCGUGCCGCUCUCCACUAGAUCUUAAUAUUGCUUACACAUAUAAUCAGCUAUUAAAAUCCUUGCAAAUGGCAGCAUAUUUAUUAUUUAUAUAAUUGUGGAUGAAAAACAGCUGUAUUUAUAACAUUGUUCUCCUGGAUAAUGAAAAUAUGAUUCUGCUGUCUGCUAUGGUAAUAGGAUCUUUUAGUUGUUUUUGUAUUUGUCAUGGAGCAAGUUUUAAAAAUAUUAGUCAUUUUAAUAGCUAAUGUGAGUUAAAUAGCAUUAAAAAGCAGCUUAUAAAGAGGAAGAUGAAAAUGGCCCAGUUUAUUUUCCGUGUUUAUUCUAUUUUCCCAUGUUUGACACAUGAAAAUUAUAGUUUUAUUAUUUUGUUCACAGAUACUGUGAUUAAACAAACUAAAGUAAUGAUAAAUAUUGUUUUACCCAGAUACUUUCAACUUUGGUCUAUUUUAAUAAAUAUUCAAGCAAUCUACAGUGUUUACAGCAUGACAUUUUGCACAGUAUUUGGAGGAUAAUCUGCCUUGGUUAUUGCUCUGCUAACUAGAAAACUGUGGUUUGUAUCUACUUACUGAAGUAUUUUACCUGAUCAGUUUUUAUCAUUUCACUAUCUCAUCCUUCUCAGAUGCUCACACCUACCUUGGCUACUUGCUAGUAUUUCUCUAAUUUGCAGACUUUGAAAUCCCAUGUUGUUUUUUUUCCUGAGUGGCUACUGCAUUUGUACAUUUAAAAAGAGUCCAAAUUCAUAUUCCUAUGGAAUGCCAUGAAUGAGGAAAAUAACAUUUGUGUAUGAUGAUAAAGAUCUCUGGUCAUAGGCAGGUUAUAUUGUAAAUGGGAGGCUCUCCAUUUUAUUAGGAUAUAAGGUGUCCUAUCAGCCUAAAUUCCAGGACAUGAGCUCACUCCAUUAAAACAGGACUGAUCUUAUAAAAAUCAAGACAGGUACCAACCCUACCCUGCUCCAUCAAAGCACUUUAAUUAUUCAGUAUGACCGUUAGCCUUGUCACAAUACUGUCAAUGCAGUUCUCAUCAUCAGUCAGCUGAUUCAACACCAGCACCUCUAAAUAUCCAAGCGGGGCUAUAGUGCAGAUGAGAUUCCCAGAUAUAGGCUAAUCAGCAGGCCUCACCCUGGGCCUUCAAUUUUACCAGUUGUCGGGCAAUGGUAAACCCCAUAUCAGGCUAUGUAAAUUACUUGCUUUAUCUCAAGAGAAAAAAGAAAGGUGAAAAGGGACCGCCAUCUGGUCCAUGGCCAUCUAAUACUCUCAUGCAAGAAGCAAGGGGGAAACUGUAGUCUCUGUAUAAAGACCUAUCCCAGCCAGUCUUGGUAGCCAACUACUGGUCUUGAAGUUGCAACUGCGUAGCUCACCUCAGAAGUCUUUGUCACACUGGUGAACUUGAAAAGGAUUCCUUCCUAAAUCUACAGAUUGAUACACACCUUACAGUCAGAUGGGCUGUGAUGGGAUCAUCUGAUCAAAUUUUGUUACUUCUAUUAGGUAUGUGGCAUUGCUUUCCAGGCAAAGAGGCCACGUUACACACUAGGGAUGUUAAAAUUAGAUUAAUUGAAUUGUUGAUGGAAUUUCUAUCAACUAUUCAAUUAGUCGAUAAGGGCGCUUCUGCUUUGAAAUGUAACAAGAGCCCACCCGACUGUUGCUACAUUUCAAAGGCAGAAGUGCCACGCAGCAUUCCGCCUUUGCAAUGUACAUUUCAAAGAUUAAAACACCACAUGAAGCCUGGGGCCAGCAGGGGACUCUGAUAGAAGCAGCAAGGUGGGGGGAAGCAACUAGUCAACUAGUGUGUCAACUAGUCAAUUAAUCGCUUACAUCCCUAUUAAUAUAUAUUUUUCCUACAUAUCAAGUGGCCCAGAAAUAAUAACAAAUGGAUUAAUGUUAUAUUUAUAAAUCUCAAUCUGUGAGACAAGAUACAUUCCCUCCUAAAAUGCUCAACCUAGAUAAGACAGAAUGCAAAAGUUAGAAGACUGACAGAAACUGAAAUUCUACUUGGUAAAAUUCAGAUUCACUAGAUUUUCAAAAACUGGACUGUGGUGAUGCUGCAUUUUCUAUUUAGUAAUUACAGCUGAACAAACAUUUACUCACUGAUUCUUGCCUUUUUCAAACUAUUUGUAAGUAGGUUGCAAAACUUCAGAAUUUUUUCUACCAUCUGAAUUCAACACAAGUUUUUCACACUCUUCUUUCUUAUUGUGAUGGGGCAUCUGCCCUGCACUGGCCCUUUAAGUGUUAAAACCCAGACCUGGGAGAG